AUGGGGUUUUACCAUUAUCGGUGGGUGAUGAUGAUUCUUGUUGCCUUGGAGCUAUGCUUCUUCUACGCAUCAUCACAAUCUCAACAACAACUCACGUGCCAUCCACGUGACCUGGCUGCCUUGCGUGACUUCAUCCACGUCCUCAAGCCGAAGCCACAUGGUUGGGUCUUUAAUUCUUCUGCAGACUGCUGUCAAUGGGUGGGAAUCACAUGUAACUCUUCUUCUUCGCUUCGCUUAAACGAUCCAGACAACAACACUGCAAGAGUCACCAAGCUGGAGCUUGCGUACAGACAAUUGUCCGGUACGUUGUCUGAAUCUCUUGGGUUCCUGGAUCAGAUUAGAGUUCUUGAUCUCUCCACAAAUUCCAUCUCAGGCUCAAUCCCUCCGUCUGUUUUCAACCUGGUAAACCUAGAAACUCUAGAUUUGAGCUAUAACGGAUUAACUGGCCAAAUCCCUGAGAUCUUGAAUCUUCCUUCACUGAUAAAUCUCGAUCUUUCCUCGAACUCGCUGACUGGUCCUUGCCGUCUGAAUUGUGCUGUGAUGACUAAUUUGACCACGCUUCAUCUUGGAUCCAAUUCGUUCAGUAGCUCUUUGCCUGAAAACCUACCGUAUUGUAGAAAUCUCAAGUGCGUUAACCUAGCCCGAAACCGCUUCGAGGGAAAAGUGCCAGAGAGCUACAAGGACUUCCAUAGCUUGUCUGUUUUAUCGCUUUCACAUUGCAGCCUUGUUAACAUUUCAUCCACGCUUCGCAUACUUGAGCACUGCAAGAACCUGACGGCUCUGUUUCUCACUUCCAGUUACCGCGGAGAAACGUUUCCUGAGGACCCAAGUCUUCAUUUCGUGAAGCUCAAGGUACUCACUGUUGCAAAUUGCGGGCUGACCGGUCCAAUGCCAAGCUGGUUGAGCAAGAGCACCAACCUACAGGUGUUGGAUCUCUCAUGCAACUAUUUAACCGGAGCUAUCCCGGAUUAUACCGGUGGUUUCACCAGUCUUUAUUACUUGGGUUUGUCGAGAAACUCCUUCACAGGAGUGAUCCCUAAAAGCUUGAGCAUGCUUCAGAGCCUCCCAAGCCGUGAUGAAGAUAGCUCUUUCGACGUGGCAUUUGUGGUAUUCCCGUUCUUGUUUAGAAUGAUUGACACCUCUGGUUUCAUACCAACGAUUGAUCUUAGCUACAACAAUCUCUAUGGACCCAUUUGGGAGGAGUUUGGGAAUUUGAAGCAGCUCAAUGUAUUUGAUCUGAGUGCCAACAGAUUAUCGGGAGCAAUCCCUAGAACGCUUUCGAGAAUGACAAGCCUAGAGGUUCUUGAUCUUAGCUACAACAAUCUCUAUGGACCCAUUUGGGAGGAGUUUGGGAAUUUGAAGCAGCUCAAUGUAUUUGAUCUGAGUGCCAACAGAUUAUCGGGAGCAAUCCCUAGAACGCUUUCGAGAAUGACAAGCCUAGAGGUUCUUGAUCUGUCCAAUAACAAUAUUUCUGGUUCAAUCCCGGGAUCUCUGCAGCUGCUAACAUCCCUAUCCAAGUUCAGUGUUGCUAACAAUAGUCUCUCGGGGAGGAUUCCUUCUGGUGGUCGGUUUAUACACUUCUCAAGGUUGGACUUCGAGGGAAACCAUUUCUGCGGUGGUGAUUCCUUUCCUCAGUGUGAUCUAGAUACACCACAGGAACCAGAACAAGCAGAACAAUCAAGAACCAGUGACAGUGACAGUGACUUAGUCUUGGAUUUUUCAUAUGGACUGGCUCUUGGUUAUGGUUUGGCUUUGGUUAUUGCUGCUUACCUCACCUGCUCAGCUUUUGAGCUUCCCGCUAAAUGA